CUUUUCGAUGUGUCUCAUAAUUUUUCUCUGAAAUUAGUGGAUUGUCUAGAGAGAUUUAGAUCGUAUACAUUGGUUACAAAAUUGAAAUGGCUACCGUAUUUCGACAUAUUUAACAAUGGGCGUACAGAAAACAACAGCAGGUUAACUAUCGUCUAUUUUAGAAAUUUUCUAAUGUGAUAUUGUCAAAGUAGUGGGAACAUGCAGACUAUGAAGGGACAGUUAGGAUUAAGGAGCAGUGCUCUAGCUCCUACAUCGAGUAAGAUAACAACUCAAUAUCUGGUCCUGGAUCAUAUGAAUAAUCACUACAGAAAAGUUGUUGGUGCUAAGUCUGCCAUUGAUAACAAACCACCAAAGGCUCUCAAAACCAGCCAAAAGAUACGUGACAGACAAACAAGAGAUUAUGUAAAGAAAACUGGAACUAGACCUCCUUCUAGAACUAUGCCCUCAAGAACUCAUUCACAGAUGCAGUAUUAUGAUCAGGAUGAUUAUGAUGAUGAAAAUCAAUGGGGAGAAUAUGAUCCAGAUGAUGAAGAAGAAAGACUUGUUCAGACUAUAAUGAGAACUACAUUGAAGCCUAAAAGUAGUAACAGUGUUAAUGCCACCCAUGGUUCAGUGACGGAACCCACUGAGAGACAAUAUGAAGAUUAUGCUCAUACAAAUGUAACACAACAACCAAGGGCAAUGUCUGCAAAUUCUAAAUGGAUGAAAACUAGAAACAUGAUGACAGCAGUGAGGGCUGUUACAGCACCAAUAUCAGCUAGAAAAGAUAAAACAUAUGAUGGAGAUUUAAUUGAAAAGAGAUCACAAAUGUUUACAGAGGAAAAGCCAUUUACACCUAGGACUUUAAAAACUAAAAAUAGAUCAUCAAGGUUAAGUGAAUACAAAUAUUACACUCCUCCUCCACAGAAGAGAUCGGGAAAGAAACAGGAAGAAGAAGAUCAUGAAACUAAGAAAAAGGAAACUCCAGCACCAAAACCAAGGCCUAGACAAAGUGCUAAAUCUCCACAGAGGGUUGAUGCCUCUAUGACUGACACAUUAAUGUUUGAAAGUCUCCAGAGUCGUGAUUUCUCAAGAUUCAAGGAUAAGGAAGAAUUAGUUCCUAAGUUAGACAUUUCUUUAGACAAAGAUCACAUGAACUGGCUUCAGGAGCAACAGUAUAGGAAUACAGUACGAGAAAAGAGUGGAACUUUAAGGUCUUCAAUGGGCCGUAUCCAAGAGGAUGAAAUGAUGCAUAGCACUGAAUUUGAUCAGACAAGGGAUAUGUCAACACUAGGAAAAUCAAGUACAAGGGGUUUUGGAAACACAACUGGAAGUCAGCGACUACAUAAAGAGCACUUUGAAAUAACUCAUAGUCCACGUCUUAAGUUAGCAGAAGAAGAACUUAAAUAUAUGGAGUUUAUGAAAGAAGUUACAGAUGAUGUUUUAACUAGAGGAGUAUUUACAAACAGGGUCUUGAAACAGGUGUUUGAAAGUCACAUCAGGAAAAAGAAAGGACAGCUAGAUGAGAGGAGAAUGAGAUCCAUGUUGGGUAAAGUUCGUAAUGACCUUGGAAUUCUUGAUGAUGAUGAAUCUGAUCUUGGAGAAAGUAAUCGAAUGGGAGAAACAGUAUCCACCUCUUCUUUUAAAUUGAGGCCUACCCUUGCUAAAUUUGAACAUAGCAAGGUUUCUGAGGUUACAUUUGAUUCAACUGUGGAUUCACAAAACACAUACAAGUUUAAAAGUACAUCAUCUGCAGACAUGUACAGCACCAUCCACUCUGAACCUGAGGAUUUAUCUGCUUCUCAAGCCUUGAGAGAUUACCAGAUGAAGAUCACCCAGAAGGAAGAAAUGAGUGAAGGGGAAGUAACUCCUGAGGAAUCAGAAAGCCUGAAAGUUGAUGAAAAACCUUCAAUACAACCAAAAGUCAUACAAGUUAUAUCCAAAGAGGAUGAUAAUGUGUCUGUGCAUUCAAGGGUGUCCAAAGCUAGGUCAACUGGAAAAUCUUCAGUUCAUUCACAUGUUUCAAAGGCAACAUCUGUUGGAAAGAAAUCGGAAGGAGCUCAAUCAUCAAAACAGAGAUCACAACCAGCAAGUCAACAUGAUGAUGAUACAUUAACAGAGAGAUCACAAAACCGUACAGAGAAUGAUCAGACUGACGAAGGAGAGUAUGGGGAAGAUGAAUUUGAAAGUGAUGGAGACUUCUAAUCAAACAACAAAUAUACAAUAUUAAUCAUCAAAUUUUGCUCAAUUUUGUUAUAAAAAACAACUAUUAUAUUAUACAGGAGCUUCUGUUUUAUUUUGGUAUGCUUGUUAGAAUCUUUACGGUUUGAACUUAUGAUGAAGUUCUAGUAAUCACAGGGUUAGUUAAUCAUAAUUCAAUGUAUUUUGUACAUGUAAUGAGAUAAAUUGUGUAUUUAACAAAAUUGUCGAAGAUUCUGUCAUAGAUGCAUCACCUGUAUUUAUACACAGUGCAAUGAAGUAGUGGCUAUUAUAGUGUUUUGAUCCCUCCAUUAAUCUGUUACCUUAUACAUACAUUUAUUCAUACAAGAGCAUAAUUUAUUUUUUUUGACUAAAAUUCAACAUUUCACUUAAUUUUUUGCUGAUUAUUGUGUAUUCUUUGACUCUUUAUCAAUGUUUAUCAAACAGGUGGAUAGAAGGACAGCAAGUGGUAAAAAGUUGUUGUCUUUUCACUCCUUCAAUGUUGAGCCCAGAGCCUUCACAAUUUCAAGAAUAUUUGCUUAUAGUUAUAUUGAAUAUGUGCAGCUAACUUUUUCCUCUCAUUUCAAUAAUUUUUGCAGAUCUUCCAGAUGGAGUUAAUGAGGGUUUAUCAAAUAAUAUUUUUUAAUUUAUUCAUAUUAUUGGAGAGAGCUUAUUUCAUCCCAAAUGUAAACAUGUGACCUACUCAACUAUUAGAGACCUAUCAAUUUGUCUGCUUGCAUUUGUUUAUAGGCUUUUAAUAAUCUUUAGGAGCUUCAUACCAGAUAAGAGGUUAACAGAUAUGUAGUUGGGUUAUAUGUUUGUCUGUGAUAUUUAUAUUUCAAUUCAUACAUUUUAUUGUUGUGCAAUUACUGGUAAGGAGUCGGUUUUUUCUUCUUGUUUUCAUAUUUUUAAUUUACUUUCUCAUGAAGAUACAAGGUCAAAACUUUUGAAGAAAAAAGUGUUAUGGGUUUUUACUGUAACAGCAGUGGAGGAUCCAAGGGUGGGGGUAGGAUGGGGUGUUCAUGGUUUGAAACCCCCCUUUUUUGGGACAAUCAAUGAAUUUGAAUGGGAAAAUGUAGUUAGAACACACACACACCCACACCCCCUUUGUCCUCGGUUAGGAACCCCUCCUUUUUGAAAUGUCUGGAUCCUCCCCAGAACAGUUUAUCUCAACUUAUUAGAAGAAUGUUUGGAAUAAUAUGAUAAUAUUCAAAUGAAAAUAACUAGAAACAUUUAUACACACAAGUACACACCCGUGAUAUCGAUGGUCCGUAACUGAAUUAAAGUAUAUAACUAUGCCUAAUUAUAUAUCUAAGCCUUAUUUUAGUAAUUGGUAUUGUCAUCUGAUAAAGUCAUGUCGAUUAUAAGAUACACAGUUUUCUCUGCUUUCAAUCUUUCUGUUUGAACCCGUCGACCAGGAACUUAUCAAUUAUUGGUAAUAUUAAUUAUUUGGAAAUCAAAAGGUCUGGCUAUCCAGAAAUGGAGUGUUUUUUUAAUCAACAGCAUUGUCCUACAUUAGUUAUCUUAGAAAGUCUUGCUUAUUGCUGAAUAAAACUACAAUAGGGAACAAUUUGACAAUGAUUGAAUUUAGAAGUGUCAGCCCUUUGAUUAUGACCCGUGUAUACAGCAAAAUCCUAAAUACACCGUUUGGUGGUGCGCCUGUCAAAUGCGGAACGUUCAGAUAAGGUUAUAGGUAACAGGUGAAUAUACUAUUGGUAUCGGUAUCGGAUUUGACCCGGAACUUGUUAAUUAUUGGCAGUAUUAAUUGUUUGGAAAACAAAAGGGUCUGGAGUGGUGUAAUUUUUAAUCUAAACUAUUGUCCUAUAUUAGUUAUAUAUAAAGUCGAAUUCUUUGAUUUGUCGUUUUUACCCGAUGACGGCUGACAAAUUGGACCUCGUAAUUUUAGUAUUAUAGAUACACUUUGGAUGUAUAUAGUGUAUUUGUCAAUGAAACAUAAAGUAAACAUCAAUUAUUCAAUCAAUCAAGUAUAUAAAAUGAAGUUAUUCUAAAUAUCAUUUUUUUCUUGAAAUAUGUAGCUUUCAUAUAUUUGACAAUAUACAAGGUGCUUUUAAGAUAUAUUUAUUAUUGUGUGAGGGUAUUAUUUUAUGUGAUAUUAUAAAACAUUAGUUUAAUUUCAACAUUUAAAUGUGAAAAAUGAAUAUGUUUCAAAGAGGUCCAACUUCCAGUAUCAAACAAUGAAAAAUACAAAGUUAUGCUCACUAUGACUGCAUAUAUUUGUAACAGUAGGAAUAUUUUGUCCUGCUUUUAUAUGUCCAUUGUUUUAUCUUCAUUCUACAUUUUGAUGUGAAAAAACAUGAACAUCAAAUGUGUUCAGACCUGAUAUUGGAAUAAAGCAUGAUGAAAAAUAGUUUUUAGUG